AUGAGAUUCGCUAGGAGUUUCAUUUUCGCUGCGGCAGUCGUUUGCCUGCUGCCGCCUGUGCAUGCAGCACGUGAUGACUGCACUGUGGGGUCUUUACAUGACAUCUUGGCCACUGCCCAGGAGAUGAUUCUGCUCAUCGCCGCCUUCACAAUCGGCUGGCAUUUGAUAGGACCUUUCUUGGGUGUGGCCUUCCGCCAAAGCCGCGCAGCCACCCUUUGCAAUGCAAUUCGCGGCAGCCCUCGUCCUCGGGCUCUCGCAGAGGACCGGCCACGCGACUCUGGUGCAGCAGGCGACGAUCCAUCCGGCCCAGGCGUGACACAGCAAACUCAGGCGUUGUCGUUUCCUCCUGGACGCCCGGACGUGGCUGUCGAUCUCUGGAUCUCUGUGGCUGAUAAGAAGGAGGAAGAGGUCGGCUCUGGCUCGCUGCCUGAGCCUGCGUUCUAUGCCAAAGUCUUCGAGGCGUGCAUCGAACUCGGCGACUUUGACUCUGCGCAUCGCUUGGCCCGCCGAGCAGCUUGGAGCGUGCCUGCAGGAUCGUCUGGAUCAUCCAAACUUCUGGCUCUCGCUCGGUGGCUGGCAAGAAGGCAGAAGAUCGAUGAGGCGAUGAAGUGCAUCAAGCAAGUGCGACAGACCGGCAAUGCAGUCGACCUUCGGAGCAUGAAGUCUCUCAUCGUUGUUUGCGCGCAGCUGGGGCAAGUGGACCUGUGCCGCACACUCUUUGAGGACCUUGCUGGCGACAAGCUAAAGCCUGACUUCGUGACCUACUCCGCGAUGAUUCGGGGUCUGUGCAACGUUGGCAAGGUAGAGGAGGCACUGGCUUUUGUGGAAAAGAUGCGCCGCGACACUAUAUACUUGGAUGCUAUGUUGUUUGACGUGUUGUUGGAAGCCUGCGUCCAUCAGAAUUACUUUAAGGGAGCCGAGCAGCUUCUGGCACAGAUGAAGGAGCUGGGCAUGCAGCCUUCCAAUGCGACGCUUGCGACCUGCAUCCGGCUGUAUUCCUCUCGCGGUGAACUGCAGCGCGCCAUGUCCAUCUUCGAUGAUAUGUCACGAGAAUAUCACUUGCAGCCCAAUGCUUACGUGUACGGAGCUCUUAUCGCUGCUUGUGUUCGUUGCGGAAAGCCCGACUUGGCGAUGUCCACCCACGAACGGAUGGCUGCGGCAGGGUGCAUGCCAAGUGCCCGGACAUACGAGCUUCUGAUCCAGUGCUGCAUUCAGCUUGGCUGGACAGCCAAGGCUGUCGAGCUCUUGGACGCCGCUUUGGGCCUCGGCACCGAGUCCGAGGAUGCGGUGCCAAGGACACCGGCUUUUGUUGAUCCGAAGGUGGUGGAGGACCUUCUCCUCUUGCUCGCCCGCCGCAAGCAGGCUUCAAGUCUGGGCGUUCCUCUCCUAAAGCGCCUGGAAGAAGCCGAUUUCGAGCUCCCGGAGCGGAUCGCUGGCAUCGCUCCAGACUACGCUGCGAGCGCCGGCGGGACUUUGACCAGUGGCGCAAUUUUGCCGGGGCGUGAUGCGGUGUUGGCUUUGGUGUUUGCCAUUGCCGCCGGGCGCUUGAAAUUUCUGGAUGAGUCUUCGACCAUGGCCCGGAAGUCUAAGGUCUUAUCGAAAACAAAAAGCAGCAAGGCGAGCAAGGGGAAUGCCACCAAAGACUUCAGCAAAGUGAAGAACAAGGUCGGGAAGACCAAGAAGGCAGCUCUCAAUGAUACAAAGACAGACUUCAAGGUGAAAAAGGUGCAGCUGCCCUCACAAAGUGCCCUGGACGAGAAGGGCGAGGAGGUUACGCACAGAAGGCUGGGUCUUGCAGAGCUGCUUGCCCACCUUCAGCAUCAUAGCCCCAAAGUCCGGCGCGAUGCGUUGCGAGGUCUCCUGGAACUCUGCAAGGAGCACGACAGUGUUCUGCAGGUUCACCUCUCUCGCAUUCUGGACUCUCUGGCCAUGGUGGCAACGGAUGGAAGCAUGGAUGUGCGGGCAUCGUUCCGGUCCUUCCAGGCCUACAUGCUAGAGGCCCUUCCCCAGGAUGCAAUUGCAGCCUUUUCCACAAACCUGGCCCUUCAGGUACGAAGUGCCCUGUCCCACGUGAGUGCAGAAGUACGAGAGGAUGGUCUCAAGCUUCUGGAGCUUUACUUGAGCCGGCUAGGCAGCGAACAGGUCCUCAGUCAUGAUGAGGCUUCUCGUGUGGUAGGGACCCUUUGCCAGCUCCACUCUCAUGUCGACUUGGUCUUGCCCUGCCUCCUGCAGUUGCAGCCGUGCUUCAAGCGUUCCGGAACCGCGAAGGAUGGCGUCCUGGAGUCAGGGCGCGCCAUUGCUCAGGUAUCCAUGCAAGACGUCCUGGAGGGAAAGCUGAGAGGGCAACAGCCAGGAAUGGCAGGUGCGCAAGCCGGGCAGGCUCAGCUGGAUUCACAGAUCUGGGACUUCUGUUUGCGAGCAUGGAUGCAAGCAGGCGACCUCCCACGCGGAUCGACAAAAGCAGGUCGCGGCCAACUGGAAGUGCUAAGCAGGCCAGGUUGGAUGCGUUUGCGUGUGGCGGCCGUCCUGGAGCGCACUCUGGAAGGACUUGUCUCAGGCUCAACGUCUACCGUGAGUGCUUCGUCCCAGCCGUCGGCCGCGCAGGUCGCAUCGCUGAGCGGCUUGGUCCGUCGUGAGGAGUGGCCAAUGCGAGUUGACGCACAGAGCCCGUUCCGCCAGCUCGCGGACUCCAUCAACCUUCGUAUGGCACGCGUCAUGGCACUCUUGGCAUGUGGUGCAGCGCCUGCAGACACAGCACCCAAGCAUUUGCAGCGGCUCGCGCAGGCUGCACUGGCAGUGGUGGAAGACCUUGCGCUGGCAGCUGCGAGGUCUUUCGCCCAAAGUGCUCGUGGUGCAGAAUCUGCCGGUGCUGACGCUGCGGCAGCAGCUGUGACGGCCAUCGGCUUGGCUGCUGGCGAGGAGGUCAAGCCUUUCUCCGUGACGGGCACCCUGAGCCACAGCCUUCAAGUGCUUGACCAUUUGUGGUCCUGCGUGGGUUCCGGCAGUGUGCCUGGACAGGAGGACCCGUCUGCGAGCUUGUUGGCCGCCGAAGACCGGCGGCGGCUUGUGGAGGUGACCUCCUGCAUGGCUGCUGGCACAGGUGAGGCUGGCGAGGAAGUGGUUGCCACGCCUGCUUCUCUGCUUUCCGUCCCGCUGACUGCUUCCUUGCUAGGCCUGCGGCCGAGCACGGCCCCAGACAUUCCCGCCGGACUUCGACAGACCUGGCCCGAGGUGCUGCUGCAGCGAGGCGAAGUUUGCCUUGCAGACUUCGCAGAGGAGGUGAAGCCUAACGCCUGCCUGCAGUGGGCAAGUGCCUGGCCAAAGCUGCUUUGGUACAUCGGAGCUGCAGACGCGCGGCUUACUUCCUUCUUGCUUGUCUUGAUGAUCGAGCUUUCCAAGUUGGCCACCAAGCCUGGAGGCCUGCAUGAAAGGAUUUUGACCCAAGCGCUCCCUCUUCUGGUGCCUUUUGUUGCCGGAAUGCCAGGAAGCCGUGAACAGCCUCCACCGUUGGCGAGGCUGUUUGCCCCCGGUUCGCAGCGAUUGGCUGCCUCGGUCCUGCCGCACUUCCCACGUCUGAAGCCAGCGUUGCUGGCUGUUCUUGUUGACGUGGUGUGCCGGUGGUCGGAGGCAGCAAGGGACUCGGCAGAGAUGCCGCAUCUCAGCCAGGAGUGUUCGGAGCAGCUGCUGGAGGCUUGCUUGCGCGGGCGCGCCGCGCAGCGGGAAGAGCUGCUGGUACCAAGGCUUCGCGCUGCCAUGGCCGUCUUGAAGGUCGUGCCGGACACACAGCCAACUUCAGACACGGGUGCUUCGAGAUGCGAGCAGUGUGCCCUCAAGCUGGCAUCGGUCAUCGCAGCAUGGGUGAUGGAAGAUUUGUGUGAGGCCUCCUUCAGCGAGGACGCCGCUUCCGACGCGGCUCUUUUCAAGCCCGUGUGCAAGUGCAGCUACGACGAACGCAGAAGACUUGCCUUCCAGAGCCUUGCCUGGCCAAUUGCUUUGCAGAUGUGUAUUGCAAACCUGGCUGCGCGGGGAUUGUCCUUCUUCUUCUUGUGUGCUUCGAGGUUGCCGCAAGCAAGCGGGGCCGGUGGGGCAAGCACGGCGAGUGCAGGUUGCCACUUCCUUCGAGAGAUCUUUGAUGUACUGGUCGUUCGUCACGGUGCUGCCGCAAUAACUUCCAGUGCCCUGUUGCUUCCGCAGCACCCAUUGGUAGGCAGGUCAGCACACGCCGCCGAGCUCUUCGUCAUAGCAUGGAUGCGCGUUUCGAUCGUUGCAAGAGAGUCGUGCUACGAGCUGUUGGUCAAGCUGUGCACGCAGCAUUUGCUGGAGCUAGUGGCAACAAAAAGCACGUUGCCUCAAGGUGAUGGCUUAAUUCCAACUGCUUUGGUCUUGGUGGAGGCUAUCCGGUACCGCAACGCUCACUCUCUCAGAACCACCGACUGGGGUCAAUUGGAGAUCGGGAAUCUUCUGGACAGGAGGUUGGCGGGCGGCCCUGACGAAAUCCGAACUCUACUCCAGCAGGUCUUCACAGAAACGUGCUUUUCCACGUCCGAGGCAGGCGCUGCGGCAAACGACCAGAUUGCAGCCGCGCUCCCCCUUCUCUGA